UAUGGUGCAGGUCUCAAUGAGGAGCCCAAACAUGGAGACAUUCAAGCAGCAGAAGGUGGAGGACUUCUACGACAUCGGAGAGGAGCUGGGGAGCGGCCAGUUUGCCAUUGUGAAGAAGUGCCAAGAGAAGAGCACGGGGACGGAGUACGCAGCCAAGUUCAUCAAGAAGCGGCAGAGCCCAGCCAGCCGGCGGGGAGUGAGCCGGGAGGAGAUCGAGCGGGAGGUGAGCAUCCUGAGGCAGGUGCUGCACCCCAACGUCAUCACGCUGCACGACGUCUUCGAGAACCGCACCGACGUGGUGCUCAUCCUUGAGCUAGUGCCUGGAGGAGAGCUCUUCGACUUCCUGGCCCAGAAGGAAUCUCUGAGUGAGGAGGAAGCCACCAGUUUCAUAAAACAGAUCCUGGAUGGGGUGAACUACCUUCAUGCCAAGAAAAUUGCUCACUUCGAUCUCAAGCCAGAAAACAUUAUGUUGUUAGACAAGAAUAUUCCCAUUCCACACAUCAAACUGAUUGACUUUGGCCUCGCUCACGAAAUAGAAGAUGGAGUUGAAUUCAAGAACAUUUUUGGGACGCCAGAAUUCGUGGCUCCAGAAAUUGUCAAUUAUGAGCCCCUGGGACUGGAGGCUGACAUGUGGAGCAUUGGCGUCAUCACCUACAUCCUCCUUAGUGGAGCGUCCCCUUUCCUGGGAGACACGAAGCAGGAAACGCUGGCAAAUAUCACAGCAGUGAGUUAUGACUUUGACGAGGAAUUCUUCAGCCAGACCAGUGAGCUGGCCAAGGACUUCAUUCGGAAACUUCUGGUUAAAGAGACUCGGAAACGGCUCACAAUCCAAGAGGCCCUCAGACACCCCUGGAUCAUGUCCAAAGGAGAAGUCAGGGCCCCAGAACAGCGGAAGACAGAGCCUGCCCAGCUGAAGACAAAGCACCUGAGAGAGUACACCCUCAAAUGCCACUCAAGCAUGCCUCCCAACAACACCUAUGUCAAUUUUGAGCGUUUUGCACGUGUGGUUGAUGACAUGGCUCAGGUGGACCAGGGAUGCCGUGCCCUGGCGGUGGCCCAGGACACCAUCCGGGAUGAUGUGGAAGCCCUGGUCUCCAUCUACAAUGAGAAGGAGGCUUGGUACCGAGAGGAGAGCGAGAACACCCGGCACCAGCUGUCCCAGCUCAAGUAUGAGUUCCGCAAAGUGGAGUCCUUGAAGAAGCUCCUGCGACAGGACAUCCAGGCCACAGGGUCCAGCCUUGGAAGUGUGGCCAGGAAAUUGGACCAUCUGCAGGUGCAGUUUGAAGCUCUGAGACAGGAGCUCUCAGCAGACCUACAGUGGAUCCAGGAACUGGUGGGCAGCUUCCAGCUGGAGAGUGGGAGCACAGAUGGCUUGGGCUCCAUGAUCCACCCAGAUGCCAGCGAGUCCCUAGUGGAGCUGUUCAACGGGUCACGCAGCAAGGAAGUCUUGGCCAGCUUGAAGCACUGAGCCCAGAAUCUAGUCAGUAAUACAUCCCGGGUGGUUUGCAGAAGCACAUUCCCUACUGCCCUGGAUUGGCUAGAAUUAUCCUUUAGGGGUGUGUGUCUGUAGCAUAGUCUUCCAGCCCCUUCACAGAAUUCAGAAGCCCAGAGGUGCCAGCUGGUUACUUAUUCUGCACCUCCUCUCACCAACUGGUUUUCUGGGAGAGGGGCUGGCUGGGCAGCCAAGCUGUUAAAAACAAUUCAGAAUGAAUACCCCUCAGCAUACCCUUCUCCAGCGAGAGGACGGCUGCGCCUGAGAGAUGCUUGAUAAUUGAUUUGUGCUGAUAGAUUUGUUCACAUCUCACUUCCCAUCUACAUGCCUUAUAGGUGGCAGAAUUUGGGUAAUAUUGAGUUAACUAGGGUUAACAGUAAGUCAGCCUGGUGCUUUAUAGCUGCUGAAGAAGGGAUUUAAUAUGCACAGAGAAAAUACUGCCUUUCACUUGCAUUGACUUUCCACUUACAAAACAUUUACGUCUUUGAUCCUUAAAAGAACUCCGUGAGGCAGGAAGGUGGGUGGCAUUAUUAUUGUUGUUACUAAUAUUUCCAUCUAAUGAGGAAAUUGACUCAGAAAAGGCAAUGACUGACUUAGGGCCAUUCAUAGCUACUUGAUAUAGAUAAAUCAGAACCUCAGGACGCCCAACUCUAAGACAAUUGUAUAUGGGAAGAAAUAGUGAGGCUUUGCUAUAAAUAUCCACCUUAAAAUUCAGAUCCCAGAGGUACAGAAGCAACUUCAUGUAUUCUGUCGGGUAUGGGUGGAUUGCCUCAUACCGUCCAAUGACUGACCCAGGAAGUGUGUCCUAGAAGGAGGAGCAGUUCAUUGUCCCUACCCAGCCCUGUUCCUGUCUGAAGAUCAAGCCUACAGAGCAAGAGGGAUGGGCAGCAUCUCACCCUUUCCCAGCUUUCCCCUAUUCUGGCUAAGGGCUCCAACCGUGCAUUGGCAAUAAAGACCGAAAGACUCAAGGAGAAGGUUCCUUUACUAUGUACUUGGGCAUUGGGCCCUGAAAGGUCUCUGAAACUCUGUGACAGAGUUUUUGAAGAUGGUGGUUAUUAAGACUGAGAAGCAUGAAGAUCAGUCGUCACUUCUUGAUCCCAAGCUUUGAGUACAGCUCCUCAAGGACUCUGUGAUCUCACCCCCCUUUUCCUACAGGAAGGGCCAGCCAACCAGCCCAUAUAGGCAGAGCAUGGAGUGUGGGCAGUGCUGUGCUAGAAGCUUGGGGGUGAAGGAACGGAUUUUAUUGUUUCAGAGCUCGCUGAAACCCUUAUCAGAUAGAUGGGGUAAAUGUUAUUUCCUGUUGGAGAUGAGGAAACAGAGAGGAAGUGAUUUUCCCAAGGUCCCAGUAGUGAUAAGACUUGAGACCUUCUGAUGAUAUGUCUAUUGUUCUUUCUUCUCUCCGUAACUGGCCCAGGCUCCAGGAGUUUACUCUCUACUUGAGGGGCAGGUAUAACCAGAACCACCCAUCCAUCCAUUCACAAAUAAUUUUUCAGCACUUGCCAAUUGCCAGGCACCUGGCUUGGCACUGGGUGUUGAGUGAAAACAGGCACAUUUCCUGCCUUCACCGAGUUCACAGUCCAGUGAAGGAUUUCAACAUUAAUCGAGGACAUUCUGUAAGUAUAGAAUUGCAGCUGGGAAAUGCUAUGAAAGGGAAGCAUGCAGUGUUGCAUGAACCUACAGUGGGGGGCUGAUCUAGUCAGGCAAAGCGUCCCUGAGGUGGUGACGCUGGAGGUGAGAUCAGCUAAGCACACCAGGGAGAAAGAAGUGUUGUGACAGAGCCCUCAUGCCAGGGCUCUGUGGUGGAUGGGGGCCUGGGAGGCCGAAAUCGCACAGACAGAAAAAAGCUGGGAGGAAGAGAAUAAGGGCAGGGUGCAGAUACGGCUGGAAAGGGGGCAGGACCAGCCUGGCUUUACCAUAUUAAAGAGUUCUGCCUUUAUCUCAAGAGCCACGGGGAACCGUGAUGGGGGAAAUGCCCAGCGGGCAGCACAGACCGGAAGUGGUUUAGAACAAGACAUGAGAUUUUGAUCUCAUGAAACUAUUUCUUCAAAAUCCUACCUCGUUUUCUAUUAGACUGCUGACCAUUUCAAAUUUCACAUAUAGUAUUUGUAACAGAAACAUUUUCAUCAAGUAUAAGAUCCUGCAGUUUCACCAAAUGUAAGAUGCAUCCAUGUUUUAUGUACCAAAGAAGAAAGAAGAAAAGCCCAAGAUGGGAAGUGCAAUAGGAGACCCCCCAGCCCCCUGAGAAGCUGAGACACCCUCGCUGAGAGGGAAAGGGAGAACUAAAGCCAGCGAGCGUGCUGAGAGGGAAAGCAAGGGAACUUGUGUGUCUCGGCCUUGACACUAGGUGGAGGGCAGGAAGGGCGUCCCCUGAGCACAGGAGCUCCAGGUUGGUAGUACUCAUGCAGCUCUGCUUUUCAAAUGUGCACAGUCAGUGCGAUCCAAUAGAACCUCAAGCAGAGAAUCUAAU